UGCCCUUACGGUAACUCCACUCCCGUAGAGCGCAUGCUCAAUUCCAGUACUUGCUCCCUCUGUUCUGCAGUUGCUUAUGUGGCUGAAAGUCUGUAGCUGCCGAGCACCUUGAGCAAUAUUGAUGUGGAGACGCCGUUAUGAGGGACCUUGUUCUCCUCCUCGCCCUUCUCUGUCUUUCCUGCUCCGUUCUGCUGGCCGAAGUAGACGAGAGGCUUCCCAACAAAUGUGAAGUGUGUAAGUACCUCACUGUUGAGCUGCAGUCGGCUCUUGAGAAAUCGAGCCAGUCGAAGGAGGUCCUGGAGCUGGGGCAGGUGCUCGACUCGGGUGUGAGGAAACGCAAGAUAAAAUACAGCACCUCAGAGACGCGGCUGGCAGAGGCCCUCGACAACAUCUGUGAGGGAAUCCUGGAGUACAGCGUGCAUGCAGAGAGGCCAGGCAGCCUGAGAUACGCCAAGGGCAGCAGUGAGACCAUGGCCACUCUGAAGAACCUGGUGCACAAGGGAGUGAAGGUGGAGCUGGGGAUCCCCUACGAGCUGUGGGACGAGCCAUCUGUGGAAGUGUCUGACAUGAAGAAGCAGUGUGAGACGAUGCUGGAGCAGUAUGAGGAGGUUGUGGAGGGCUGGUAUCUUCAUCACCAGGACCAGCGGCUUGAGUCCUUUCUGUGUGAGAAACACGUCCUGCAGGGCACCGAGCUGGAGUGUCUGAGGGAGGAGUGGAAGGGCGACACGGGGAAGAAGAGAGCGAGUGAAGGACGGAGCGAGAAGAAAAGGAGGAAAGAAACAGAGGAGGAGGAGGAGGAGAGGAGGGAAGAGCAGUCAGGAGGGGGGGCUGCAGGGCACGAUGCAGGGGAGCUGUGAGAGGAGUGGAGAGAAGGGGAGGGGGGAUGAUUCAAGGGAAUCCCUGUAGAAGAGGAGGCCGUUCAGCCCAGCAGAGCUCGUCCGGUCCCGAUCGCAGCAGAUCGAUCUCAGAACUCUGUCAAGUCGGGUCUUAAAGGAUCCCAGUGAUUCUGCCUCCACAGCAUGACCAGGUCCCCCUUGGUCUAGGUCACCCCUCCCCACGUCUGGAAGGCCUCUGUGUCAAGGGGGCAGAGAAUGGGUUUUGAGUAUCGCCUGGCUGGGUACCUCUCUACCUGUCUUUAUAGUUUUAAUAUUACUCUUUUGUACCCUGUUUUGUAUUAUUGUACCAGCAAUGGCUUCUGUUACCUGUAUUACAAACCUCAACCAGCAGUGUGUUCUCUGUGUUGUGAUGGGAACCGGUCACAGUGUUUUGUAUCAUACAUAUACAUACAUAUAUAUAUAUAUUUUUUAAACAGUUAUAUAAAUGGUUCAAAUAAAAAUGUGUGUACUUAU